CAGGUGGUAAGAAAUGGGCGACUGGAGUUUCCUGGGGAACAUUUUGGAGGAGGUGAAUGAGCACUCCACAGUCAUUGGCAGAGUCUGGCUCACUGUGCUCUUCAUCUUCCGGAUCCUCAUCCUUGGCACAGCCGCAGAGUUUGUGUGGGGGGACGAGCAGUCCGACUUCGUGUGCAACACCCAGCAGCCAGGCUGCGAGAACGUCUGCUACGACGAGGCCUUCCCCAUCUCCCACAUCCGCCUCUGGGUGCUGCAGAUCAUCUUCGUCUCCACACCGUCCCUGGUGUACGUGGGACACGCGGUACACCACGUCCGCAUGGAGGAGAAGCGCAAGGAGCGCGAGGCGGAGGAGCUGUGCCAGCAGGCGGUGGGCAACGGCGGCGAGAGGGCACCCAUGGCCACAGACCAGGGCAGCAUCAAGAGGAGCAGCAACAGCGGCAAAGGCGCCAGGAAGUUCCGGCUGGAGGGCACCCUGCUGAGGACCUACAUCUGCCACAUCAUCUUCAAGACCCUCUUUGAGGUAGGCUUCAUAGUGGGCCACUACUUCCUGUACGGUUUCCGGAUCCUGCCCCUCUAUCGCUGCAGCCGGUGGCCUUGCCCCAACGUGGUGGACUGUUUCGUGUCUCGGCCCACUGAGAAAACCAUCUUCAUCCUGUUCAUGUUGUCUGUGGCCUCUGUGUCCCUCUUCCUCAAUAUUCUGGAGAUGAGUCACCUGGGCCUGAAGAGAAUCCGGUCGGCCUUCAAGAGGCCCUUAGAGCAGCCACUGGGAGAGAUCCCUGAGAAGUCCCUCCAUUCCAUUGCCGUCUCCUCCAUCCAGAAAGCCAAGGGCUACCAGCUCCUCGAAGAAGAGAAAAUCGUGUCCCACUAUUUCCCUUUGACUGAGGUCGGGAUGGUGGAGACCAGCCCCCUUUCUGCCAAGCCUUUCAGUCAGUUUGAGGAGAAGAUAGGCACAGGGCCCCUAGGGGACUUGUCUCGGGCUUACCAAGAAACACUGCCUUCCAAUGCUCAGGUGGGAGUGCCCGAGGGGGAGGGGGAGGAGCAGCGGGGGGAGGAGGGCGCGGAAUCGGAGGCGGGAGAGAAGAGACAGGACGCAGAGAGAGUGAGCACAGAAGGGGAGGAGACCCUGGCAGUGCUGGAUGGGGAGAAAGUGGAGACCUCAGAAGUAGGGAAAGAGGGCGAGAAAGAAGAGCUGCAGGCUGAGAAGGUGUCAAAGCAAGGGCUGCCGGCUGAGAAGGCGCCUUCACUGUGCCCAGAGCUGGCCAGGGAUGACAACAGACCGCUGAGCAGGCUGAGCAAAGCCAGCAGCCGGGCCAGGUCAGAUGAUCUAACCGUAUGAAGUGACGCCAAAGAAAAGAAGAAGAGAAAGCACCCAAGCUAACGCAGGGCAAGAUGAAAUGUGAGGAUGCCAACAUGAUCUGAGUCUUCUGUCCCUCCUCUCACACCCACCCCUUGCUGGACAGGCACUGCAGUGAACAGCACACGCUGUACAACUCGGAAAUUGCCUUGCCUGUAUGUAAGGGCUGCCAAAACAAACCCCUUGUCCCAUCGAAGAUCCCAGUCCCAUUUGCCUUCCCUGUCCCUCUACCCCAAUGGCUAUGGGGAACUCUGUUUUUAUCCCCACUUCUCUGUAGAAAUCCUCCUAAUCAGAACUGUGGUUGCCCAUAGUUUUUUACGAGUAUUAUCUCAAGCUCACUAAUUCAGCAGGACUUUAUCACCCCAGCCCUUUCCAAGCAGGUGCCAUGUGGCCAUACAGCAAGAGUCCUAAAUUUAGAUACUCCAGGAUUCAGGCAGAUGGUUUAAAUAGUUGAAGAAGGCCUGUUCUGAUGCUGUAGGAGCUCUAGGGCUGUGAAGAUUGGAGAGCAGAGGGCAAUUGCUGCUCAGUCCCAGGCAAUGAUUGCCAGGCAGUGUUACCUGGCCAUCUGAUUUUUUAAAAGAAGCCAAAAAUCCAAACUUUUAAGUGGAAUUCCCAACAUUUUUAAUGUUUCUAGCUGAAUUUUAAAUAUGCCAUAUAGGCUACAAAAACUGUGUACAAGCCAAGUUUAACCUGUUGGGCACCAAUUUACAAGGUUAGCUUAUACUAGAGAACCCAAUUUCUUAUGUAAUUAGCCAUAUUAUUUAUGGUCUCAACCAUUAUUGUGGUCUCAGCUUCCAAACAUCAUUUCACCAUUCUGGAAUGUUGGGUUUAAACCACCAGCACAGGUGAUACCCAGAAUUCUCACUGCCCUUUCUCUUGGGUCACUGCAGCACCGGGAUUCUGAUGCAAUUACAUUCAUUGGGUUGGUGGGACUUCUGCCUUGGGAACCAUCAGAGAAAGAGAGCAAGGCUUCAAAGCCCUCUCCCUGAACUGAAAAAGGCCUUGAAGCCUGG